AUGGCCUUUCACAAUACAGACAAAGCCGAGAACGCUGUUGGCAUACAAACGGUCACGCUGGAAGCGCAGGGAAAUGCAGAUGGUCAGAGCUUAGAACAGAGGGAUGUGAGAGAAGUGCUUGAGCACCCCGAUGAGGUUACCCAUCACGCGCAGGCUGGGAUUCAGAAAGCUGAAGCUGUUGCUCUGGUAUGGUCCAGGAAAGCCCUGUAUGGCACAUAUGCCUGGAUCUGGUUGUGCUUCUUCGUCCUGUCCAUGCAAUCGUCAAUUAGCAACAACAUGAUCUACUACGCAUACGCAGAGUUUGCUUCAGCACCGCAAAUAUCCCAAGCUUAUAUAGUGUCGACCAUUGUGGGAGGAGUACUUCAACUUCCCAUUGCAAAGACUCUAAACAUUUGGGGCCGCACUGAGGGGUUCCUGACAUUUUUGGCGGUUUUCAUCAUUGGACUGAUCGUAAUAGCCUCCUGUGAUGGUCCCAAUGGAUUCGCGGCUGGCUACACCUUAUACUGGAUUGGCUAUUCGGCCCUGAAUUUCAUUCUCUCCGUGUUUGUCGCUGACGCAUCCGGACUGAAGAAUCGAGCCUUUGUCUAUGCCUUCAUCGGUACGCCGACCAUCUGCACAGCCUUUGCUGGGCCCAUCAUCGCCCAGGAAUUCGUCAUUCAUUCAACUUGGCGCUGGUCUUACGGAGGUUUCGCCAUCAUCACCUUUAUCAUUUUUGUGCCGCUCGCCGUCGUUUUUAAAUUUUACCAACGUAAAGCCGAGAAACUGGGACUUUUUACGCACACCUCAAGCGAACGAACCACGAUCCAGUCUAUCGUCCACUACAUCCAUGAGUUUGACAUCGUUGGUGCUUUCAUUCUAAUGGCUGCGUUCAUUUUGUUCCUCCUGCCCUUCAGCCUCCAAACUUACGGCUUUACCGGGUACUCUUCCGCGACUUUUAUCGCUAUGGUAGUCAUUGGACUACUACUCUUCCCGGUCUUUGCUUUUUGGGAGACCUACUGGGCCAGAAUCCCCUUCAUCCGAUGGGAGUUGUUCAAAAAGCGCACAGUUCUCGGAGCUUGUAUCCUGGCGGCCAUCAUUUUCUUCAACUUCUACACGUGGGAUCAAUACUUUUACUAUUAUGUGCAAGUGGUUUACAACCUCGACACAUCCAAGACGGGAUACAUGACACAGAUUUACGGCGUUGGAUCAACCAUCUGGGCGGUCUUAUUUGGCAUUUGGAUUCGCAAAACCAAGUACUUCAAGAAUGUUUGUCUCUUCUUCGGUGCGCCACUACUGUUGCUUGGUGCAGCUCUCAUGAUCCACUUCCGAGGCUCACAAAGUGAUAUUGGAUACCUGGUGAUGUGUCAAAUCUUCAUUGCCUUUGGGUUUGUCUUCGAGUCAUUACUCAGAGCCCUUCCAGAGUCGACCAAGAAGGAUUACGCCACUAUCUACGCCGGUGGAUCAGCUGCCCAACUGGCGUAUCCUCUAGGGAGUGAGACAAGGAAUGCGAUCAACUAUGCAUGGGCUUAUAGCCAGAAGUACGAGUGCAUCACGGCAGCUUGUCUCGUUGUUCUUGCUUUCCCGGCGAUUGCCAUGUGGAAGAACUACAAUGUCGACAGGAAACAAGUCAAGGGUACCGUCAUCUAA